CGCCUGAACAGACUUGUUAUGAUUAGUCUUUGGUUUUGGGGUAGGAGUGCGCGGGAAUACAGACGCGGACCUGGCAAUCCUGAGUCUGCAGUCGUCAGUAGUCUUUACUGCUCUAAACAGCAAACUAUCGUCGGCAAAUAGUCUAGUGGAAUAGUUAGGCGAUGAGAGUGGAAGAUCCUAAUGUAGCCAACGUUCAGGAGGAAAAGAAUUAAGGGGGCCUAGAACGGUGCCUUGUGCACAAGGAGACAAGAACACCCUGAAGAAACAGCUACAGUGCCAGAUGAAGAUCCGUCAAGAAGAACACGUUGAGUCCUGUUAAUAAGAAAUGCAGUGAUCCAGUGAAGAAUAGGUCCUGAAAUACCGUAGUAUUUCAAUUUGUGUCAGUCUUUUGUGCGGGACUUCGUCGAAGGCCUUAGCAAAAGUUCAACAGCGGAAAUACAAAAUUAGCAAAAGCAUUUUUUUUUAAUUACAAGAAAAAGGAAAAUCCAAAAACUGGUUGAACACUCCUUUGCAUGACGAAAACAACACCAGCAGAAUGUGCCGAAACGAACAUGACGUAAGUGAGAGGGUCGCGACCAAUCAGCGUCCAGGAGGCGGCCCGGCGACCAAUCAGCGCGCGGGGCCGCGGAGCCGUGUUUGAACAGUGUUUUUAAACCCAGCCUGGAGGGAAGGGAUGUGCCGCGGCGGAUCUUCUGUACUCCCGAGUGUUUUCCUUGAUCUCAGCCAUGGGGCGGCACGGGUACAGCGAGGAGGAGCUGCUGGCCAAGAAGUACAACGACCUCUUCAAGAUUAGCAAGGCGCUGGGCAUCAAGACGGCCAGGAGACUCAAGACAGAUAAGUUGAUUGAGGCCAUCUUGAAAUGCCAGCGGGAGGAGGUGGCAGAAGCGGCCCUUGCCCAGGAUGCUGAGGCUGUGGUGGAGGCACUGGGGGGCAGCACACAGGAGAAGGAGGAGGAGGAGAUGCUGCUAGAUGUCCCGUUUCCUGAAUGUGGCUCCCAAGAUCCUUUCGACUCCCUUAGUGAUACUACACAGACUUCUAAAGCCUCAGAGGCUCACACUGGACCAGGGACGAGCAAAUCAGCCACUCCAGCUAAAAGACACAAGCGCUCUGGCACUUAUGAUGUGGAGGAGGAGGAAGAUGAGGAGGAGCAGGUGAAGGCUAAGAAGAGGGAACAGGAGAAGGAGGCUGAGACGAGUAAGCAGCAGGAGGAACAAGAGAAGGCUGAAAAGCAGAAGCAGGAGGUAGAACAGGAGCAGAAGGUCAAGAAGAUGGAACUGGUGCAGGGAGCUGAGAAGAGGAAACAGGAGGAGAAAAGAGAGGAGGAGGAGGAAGAGGAAGAAGAAAAAAGGGGUAGGAAGAAGAGACAGAGGUCAUCCACCUUUGAACUCUCUUCCAGCAAUGAUGUCACCCUCCCUAUUGAUGAGAAAGAGACGGAAGACAAUUCAAAGCAGCUGAGCCAGUUGUUGGUGUCGAAGGUCACUGUCAGGGGGUCGCGGCAGCACGGCACAACUGCAGACAAGGGCAAAGACAAGCGAAAGGCCACAACACGCCUGUCACUCACUCCUGCUGCCAAGCGUCGCAGGGAAAGUGUCACAAUCACUCCGUCAGCCCCAGCCCCAGCACUUAGACCCUCACGGAAGUCCCGAGGCACUCCUAUAGGAUCACCGGCGCUCACUAAGGCCACCCCCGCCGCCACCACCUCCACCGCUGCUGUUGCCCCCAAGCCAGUGUUCAACAUCGGCCGUGGGGAUAACAAAGUUACAGAGGGAGAUUCACAGGAGGAUAAACAGGGUGGCAAGGGAGCAGCAUCAGGAAUCCCGCGAUUCCUUUCCUACGCUCGCCGCCUCAAGGUGCCCAACUUUGCACGCAUUCAUAACCAGGCAUUCCAGCGCAUGGAGGGACUUGACGACUACGUGGACAAGCGCAAGGCUCGCAAAGACACCCUCAGCAGCACCGCCAAGAAGCAGCAGCCCAAGGCCAAGGUAUUCCAGCCAAGUGUCACCAGUGUCAAGAGCCUCAACUUUGACUUCAGUGCAGGUUCAAGUGAGGAUUGCAGCAUCAAUGAUGGUGUCCUGCCUGUAGCCCCAAGCCCUUCCAAGCCCCUCAGUGCAGUGCCUCUCCGACCCUCACCCAAAAGUGCAAGGAGAGCCUCCACCAACAUCACAAGUGGUGCCAGGGUACCACAGAGAGCCACCAGACAUUCUGUUAAGCCAGGCAAGCCACAAGUGUCCUUUACCAAGCCAAACAUGACCAGAAAGUCCCCAAGAGUGGUUUCAAAUGCUUCCCCAAAGAACACAAAAGAAGUCUCCCCCAAGGCAACUAAAAAGGCAUCCCCCAAAGCCAUCCCAGGUCACAAGGGGUCACCACAGACAGGCCAGAAGUCUCAGAUAGGCCAAGGGUCAAGGUCAUCACUGAGGCCUGUGUCCAGCAAGAAAGUGUCGACCGUUGGGGUUCCAGUGUUUGGCUUCCAACUCAAGGAGAACCAAAAGCCAGGCAAACAGUCAUUGUCGAACCCCAUGGUAGGGAAGCUGGCACACCCCAGUGAAGUCGCCAGCCCCACUUCUGUCCGCAAGAGGAUGCAGGACUACUCUCAGAGCCUAGCCAGCCGUGGCACAGGCUACGUGCCAUACAAGGGGGCAGUGAAGCCCCUCAAAGACCGCAGUGACCUCAAGAAUUUGGCACAACGGAAGCACAAAGUGAAAUCCAGCAAGGAGAUUCGGGAGGGCCAGAGAGGGAUCCUCAAAGGGGUUCGGCUCAACAAGAGAUUUGAACUCCAAAUGGCUAACAGAGGCAUUGCACUGUAGUGACAGAACAAUCUUGACUCACCUUUGUUGUGCUUGUGUGUGUGUGUGUGUGUGUGUUUGUGUGUGUGCAAGAUUGUGUAUGUGUGUGUGCAUGUUUGAACAAAAGUUUCUUUUUGUAAACUUGCUGUGACUUAGGUGUUUCUUUUGAUCCCUCUACUUAGCAAGUCACUUUCCUCUUUUGACAGUUCAUUACCCCCCCCCCCACUCUCUCUCUCUCUCUCUCUCUCUCUCUCU